UUCAACCUGCGAGAGAGUGCCACGCCAUUGCUCCCCUUACAUAGUUGCAAUGAACUGAACAUUGGUGUGCGUGCGUCGUCUUUUGGCUAUGAUCUAUCCUCUGCAACUACAUUCCAAUCAUCAUACAAUCGUCUAACAAGGAACGCCGGCUACGAUUCGUGGUCCGGCAGUCGAACGAAGAUGUGCGAUUAAAGCAUUUUGUGAGUGCAGAGCAGUUAGAAGCGAACUAAAAAAGCAGCCUGUGUUGAAGCGACAUUUUUGUUUCCAUCACGCAUCACCACAACCAACCACACCGCUAUCGUAGCUCAGAAGAAGGUGACAUCGUCUGUGUGGUGUUGUGGUAGACAGUGGGUAGGAUCUAUCUGUCCUACUAUUGCAUCUAGUCAUAAUAGUAGCAUUGUCGGGUCGAAAGUGAUCCGGUUCAGCAUCGUAUCCGGUUGAAGCCGGGAAUUCAGCAACGAUGGAGCACGUUUCCAAGCUUCGUUUGAAUCUCGAGAAGCAGGAGAGCCUGAUCAAGCUGGGCAUUCUCACGACUGCGGCGAUUCUCUCGUUCUCAACGCGUCUGUUUUCGGUGCUGCGGUUCGAGAGCGUUAUCCACGAGUUCGAUCCCUAUUUUAACUAUCGAACCACAAAGUUCCUGGCAGAGCAGGGAUUCUACAAUUUCCACAACUGGUUCGAUGACCGGGCAUGGUACCCGUUGGGACGAAUCAUCGGAGGCACCAUCUACCCGGGACUGAUGGUGACCUCGGCCACCCUGUACAGGAUUAUGUGGCUGCUGAACAUCACCGUGGACAUCAGAAACGUGUGCGUGUUCUUGGCGCCAUUUUUCUCGUCACUCACCACCAUUGUGACGUACUUGUUGACCAAGGAGAUCUACACCACAGGGGCUGGCCUGGUGGCGGCAGCAAUGAUCUCGAUCGUUCCGGGAUAUAUCUCCCGUUCGGUGGCCGGUUCUUACGACAACGAAGGUAUUGCCAUUUUUUGUAUGCUGUUAACGUACUACAUGUGGAUUAAGGCAGUCAAAACGGGGGCCAUCUUCUGGGCAACGAUGGCCGCACUAGCCUAUUUCUACAUGGUGUCCUCCUGGGGAGGUUACGUGUUCCUAAUCAAUCUGAUACCGCUGCAUGUGUUGGCGCUAAUGGCCACUGGCCGAUUUACGCAUCGAGUGUACAUUGCCUACAGUACUCUGUACACCAUCGGGACAAUUUUGUCCAUGCAGAUUUCCUUCGUGGGAUUCCAACCCGUCCAAAGUUCGGAACAUAUGCUGGCCUUCGGUGUGUUUGGCCUAUGCCAGUUGCACGCUCUCGUCGACUACGUCCGGUCUCGUGUUUCCAAAGAACACUUUGAAAUUCUAUUCAAUGCGCUGGUCGUAUCCAUCGCCACGAUCACCGUCCUACUGAGCUUGAUUCUCACGGUGACUGGCAAAAUCUCACCGUGGACCGGAAGAUUCUAUUCGCUGCUGGAUCCGUCCUACGCCAAGAACCAUAUUCCCAUCAUCGCAUCCGUCUCUGAACAUCAACCGACCUCGUGGUCGUCGUUUUACUUCGAUUUGCAGAUACUGGUGUUCCUGUUUCCGGCCGGUUUAUACUUUUGCUUCUCGAAGCUGUCCGAUGCUAAUAUUUUCAUAAUUUUGUACGGAGUGACGUCAAUCUACUUUGCGGGUGUGAUGGUCCGGCUGAUGUUGGUCCUAGCGCCGGUGAUGUGCGUCCUCUCGGGCAUUGCCAUCUCCCACCUACUCAGCAAAUAUAUCCGCAACGUGGACACCGGCGGCAGCGGUUUGGGUGGUUCCAAGGCUCUUGACGCUAAGAAAGCUAAAAAGUUCGAACAGCAGUCACCAAUGAAAAGCGAAAUUGCAAAUGCCUUUGUGGUGGUCAUCACGCUGCUGCUCAUCACGUACACAUUCCACUGUACUUGGGUCACUUCGGAGGCGUACAGCUCGCCCAGCAUUGUGCUUAGCGCUCGAUCCCAUGAUGGAGGACGAAUUAUAUUUGAUGAUUUCCGCGAAGCGUAUUACUGGUUGAAAAUGAAUACACCGGAGGAUGCCCGCGUCAUGUCUUGGUGGGAUUACGGUUACCAGAUAACGGCUAUGGCGAACCGAACCAUUUUGGUGGAUAACAACACGUGGAAUAAUACACACAUUUCGCGAGUCGGUCAAGCGAUGGCCUCGACCGAAGAUAAAGCUUACGAAAUUAUGAAAGAGUUGGAUGUUGAUUACGUGCUGGUCAUCUUUGGUGGAUUGACCGGUUAUUCAUCAGAUGACAUUAACAAGUUCCUGUGGAUGGUCCGGAUUGGUGGUAGCACGGAUCGUGGUGCCCACAUCAAGGAAACCGAUUACUACGCCUCGAGCGGAGAUUUCCGAAUUGACAAAGAAGGAUCGCCCACUCUGCUCAACUGUUUGAUGUACAAAAUGUGCUACUACCGGUUCGGGCAGGUCUACACCGAAGGUGGCAAGGCACCAGGGUACGAUCGAGUGCGUGGUGCCGAAAUCGGCAACAAAGACUUCGAGCUUGACGUUCUGGAAGAGGCGUACACGACCGAGCACUGGCUGGUUCGGAUCUACAAAGUGAAAGACUUGAGCAAUAGGGGCGUUUAGGAAUUCCCUUCAUGAAGGGAUGAAUAAUUUUCUUAAACACUUAUUUCAAACGACUUUUCUAUGACUCGAAAUUUAUCCUUAAAAUUGUGUACUCAUCUUGAUACCUUACUCUAGUUUUCAAAAUUAUUUCUACUAUUACAUAAUCGCAAUCCGCAAGUCAAGAGUCCUAGAUAGUGUGUUAUUACUACUAGAAUAUGCAAUUGAAGCUUAUUGAAGCUCGACUUUCUUUUCGUAGAUUUUCGGGAUAUCUUACAUAAAAGCCAUUGCUAUAAGUGAAUAAAUUGUCUGAACAAACAGAACAAACAUGCAACAAAUUGUUAGUUUGAACACAUUUUUUAAACAUAUGGAAACCAUAUGCGCAUUGUGCUAAGCAGAAUCUGUGCAUUUACAAACAAAAAUCUAGGUUCUUUUUAUAAAUUCACCUAGGACAAAAAUACAGUCACAAAAAAUAAAUACAGCAACAUAAAAUUAAUACAAAUCAAA